AUUUUUAUAAUUGAGUGGUCUCUGUUCGAGAGGAGAGAGUAAUCAUCCAAAAAUCGAUCUGGAACGAGCAGUGGUCUGUGAACUCGAGCUGUGAGAGUGCUGAGACUGUUUGGUUGAUAUCUCGAGUUUUACCAAUCCAAUUAAGGCGUGUGAGAUACCAAAAGAAAGCUCUCAAGACGAGGAAUCCGUGAAGGUCUGGUUUGCAUCAAUCGGAGUAGAGGAAGGCUUCCAAAUCGUCCGAGCAGAACGCGACCUCGCAGGAACGGAUUUACUCUUCUAAGAAACGAGUUAACCGGAAAACACCCAUUCUAGGGGCUGUUUUCGUACCAACGAUUAAGGGUUGAACUAGCUCUUGAGGAGGCUGUUUAACACCCAUUUUAUAAGCAAGGAAUCAGUUCUCAAGCUUCCUUGGCCGAGGCUUUAGUCAUUGGAUCGAGAAGGAAAGUUUUAAAGCUCAUUUGAGGUUGAGGCUAGAGCUUGCUUCCUGUGCUCGUUGCUCGAGAGAUCAUCUAGGAGGGAAGACUUGGUUCGUGCUUCCUCCAUUCGGUUUUUAAACAUUAACAAACAUGCUCAUGAAUAUUUUACUAUAGAGCCUGCGUGCUCAUGUUAGCCACGUGUGGCAUUUGUUUUCAAACUAUGUUUUCCGCUACGUAUUCGAUUGCUUAUUAUGUUGUUUAUGGAUGGCUUGCGUGUGAGUGAUAUUCUAGACGCCUUGUAUAAUAUGAACGUGUUGGACUGCGGUUGACUAUUCAUAUUGUACGGCGGGUUGUUGACGUGUCCGGGGAGGUCCGGGGCGUGACAAUUAAGUUGGUAUCAGAGCCUUAGUCCAUAAACUUCAUAAUGAAGUCUCAAAAUUCUCUUUUUGGAAAAGAUUUUGAAAACCAUGAGCAUAGAAGUUUUGUACUUGGAGGGCUUUUGGUACUUGGGUUGCAAGGUCUCUAAUUGUUAAGAUGGUACCCUUAGCAAUUGGUAUGGCGGUGACUCGAGCCAAAAUGUGUCUUAAGUACCUAUCCGUCAAUUGACAUUUGAUACGAGUCUAACGACUCUUUCCAAAUUUCUUUCAGAAAUGGACCGUGGUGGCAGGAUUACUAGGAGAAACCCGACGGGCCGUGUACCAGUGGAGACUGGACAGGGCAGUCGAAGGACCUCUAGGGCAUCUAGAGGAGCUGGCCGUGGAGGCCGAUCACAGACCGUGAGUGACGGUCAUGUUGACACAGAAAGUGAAACCUACUGGUCCUAUGAGGACUCGACUUACCAACCGGGGACCGAGCCGGUUGAGACCCCUUACGAAGGGGAUGACGAUGAUGUAAGUGAUGAAGAGGGGGAGAAUGACUCCCUAGCAAGAAUCGAGGCGCUGCUCCAACAAUAUCAGCGGGAGCGCGAAGAAAGGAGGGAACGCCGAAGGCGCCGGGGAGGGCGAACUUCGGGUGGGGCUUCAAGAGGAAGGAGCCAUGGCGAUUCUCGGGCCCACAUUGAGCCACAUGGGGGCCGGGGUGAUGGGGGUCCAAUCAUAAGGAUCUCAAAAUAUCUUAAAGAGGCUAGGGACUUGGGGUGCAAACCCUUCAACGGCGCAGGCGACAUCUCGGUCGCCGCAGAAUGGAUCAAGAGGUUGAACGAGGCAGCCGUUGAUAUGCAACUCACCCCCGAAUUUAAACUAAGGGUGGCGGUGAGAUUGCUUGAAGGGAUGACAUCCACAUGGUGGGAUGGAGCCAAGGGAAAGUAUGGCAAUACCGUGACUUGGGAGAAUUUCCGACAGGAAUUCUUUGCCCAAUACUAUUCAGAUUUUGAAGUGAACGCUAAAAGGAGAGAGUAUACCCUCCUGACCCAAGGUGGCAAAAUGACGGUGAGGCAACUUGAACACAAAUUUAGGGAGCUCGCGGAGUUCAUACCGGAGUAUGUGUGUGACGAGAACCGGAUGGUAAAUCACUUCUGGGAUGCCUUAGACCUGGAGGUGCGUGAGAGGGCAACUCAGUUGCCUAACAUGACCUUUAGCCAAGUGGUCGAGCAAGGGUUGAAAGGAGAGAAAGAAUGGGAAGAGAGAAAGUUGAAAAACGCCGAAGAGGCGAAGAAGAGAAAGUGGGAGAACCAUGGACCUCAAGGUCCUAGCAAAAAGGGGAACCAUGGGGGAGGGGGAUCUUUUCGGACACCCCCACUGCCAACUAGGGGAAGUCAAGGCCCGGGCGGGCAAUCACAAGCCUCGGGGGUGACUCGUUGCAAAAAUUGCAAGAGAAACCACCUGGGGAAAUGUCGUGACCCUCCUAGAUGCUACCAAUGCGGGAGCACCGGACACAUGAAGAUGAGUUGCCCACAACUGGGCGGGACGAGGGCAUCAGGGCCAAGUAGUGGUAAUACCGGGACACGGAAUCAAGCCGGGACUUCACAAGCGUCCAGGGGGCAAGGGGGAGCAAGCGCAAGCAAUGCGCCGUCCGUGAAUCAAGGAAGGACUCAAGCUAGGGUCUACGCGAUGACGGAGGCGGAUGCUCAAGCUAACCCGGAUUCCGUUGCAGGUUGAGGCUAGAGCUUGCUUCCUGUGCUCGUUGCUCGAGAGAUCAUCUAGGAGGGAAGACUUGGUUCGUGCUUCCUCCAUUCGGUUUUUAAACAUUAACAAACAUGCUCAUGAAUAUUUUACUAUAGAGCCUGCGUGCUCAUGUUAGCCACGUGUGGCAUUUGUUUUCAAACUAUGUUUUCCGCUACGUAUUCGAUUGCUUAUUAUGUUGUUUAUGGAUGGCUUGCGUGUGAGUGAUAUUCUAGACGCCUUGUAUAAUAUGAACGUGUUGGACUGCGGUUGACUAUUCAUAUUGUACGGCGGGUUGUUGACGUGUCCGGGGAGGUCCGGGGCGUGACAAUUUGGACCAGUUGAAACUCCAAGUGUUGGUGGAAAAAGAUAUACACUAGUCAUGGUUGAUGACUUUUCAAUAUACACAUGAAUAGUGUUCUUGACAAAGAAAGAUGAAACUCUUCAAAAGUUGCCAUCUCUGUUGAAGCAACUCCAGACUGAAAAGAAUAUGAAAGUCAGAACCAUUAGAUCUGACAGAGGAACUGAGUUUGUUAACAAAGUAAUCAAGGACUUCUGUGAUCAAAAUGGGACAUUUCAUCAACUCUCUGCUGCCAGAACACCUCAACGGAAUGGUGUUGCAAAAAGAAGGAACAGAACACUGAAGGAAGCUGCAAGGACCAUGAUUGCUGAAUCAGGAUUACCAAUGAGAUACUGGGCUGAAGCAAUCAACACUGCAUGCUACACCCAGAACAGAAGCAUGAUCCACAAGAAUCAUCAGAAGACCCCCUAUGAACUAUGGAAAGGAAACCCAACAUCAGCUACUUUCACAUAUUUGGAUGCAAAUGCUACAUUCUCAACAAUGGAAAGGAGCAUCUAAAGGUCUUCCAAGAGAAAGCUGAUUGACGUGCACUUUGUCGUUGUGUGCAAUCAAAAUAAAUACAAUACAACAAAUAUACGUAGUAUAUAUUGAAGUAAGGUUCGUAUCCGCAGGAAACACGUUCACUAACUUGGACUUUUUGUUUUCCAUUGAGUCUAUGCUUCCUUUUUAUUGUGCAUAACUCCUUAAAAAAUUUUGCAAAUCUAGGAACACCUUUUAUUAAGUUGAGAAGAGGAAUAUUUACCUCACAUUUGGAGAA